GAUUUUCAUUCAGUAUACCAAGACAAUGUUGUGGCUAGCAGUGCUCUGUGUGUUGAGUGUGGCUGCCGCUGAGAAUACCACGGACCCUACAGAGGUCAAAGAUGACGAGGUCAAAGAAACAACUCUGGACUACUACUCGAUGCCAGCUUUAUCGGAGCUGGACGACUUCGACCUUUGUCUUCGAAGACCAAAUUCCGUCUACUGCAUCAUUGAUAUGGAGCUGAUGGAAGAUGACACGCCUCUCUAUCAGUUCAUCAAGAAUUUCUCGACGUUCUCAUACAAGAACUACAAGCACAGCAAGCUGCAUCGCGGUGUGUGCGCAGAUAAGCAUUGCGGACUCAACAUGACUCAUGCCAACGCCAGUGAGGCCACUGCGCUGGCAUUGAAAGAGUGCUUCAAUGGAAGUAUUCAUCAGGGAUAUGGGUUACAGGUGGAAUCCCUAUCAGUGCGUUACUGCAAGACACAAAACGACUACAUACCACCAGAUGCUCUGGACUACACCAUCGGAGCACUGAUCCUGCUUCUGUUGCUGGUCAACCUGGGCUGCUCAGCCCACUACUUCCUCUGGCCUCCCGAGAAGGGUGAAGGUAACAAAUUCAUGUUAGCUUUCUGCGUCCAGAAGAAUUGGAAAGCUUUGAAACAUGGAGGUAGCGCUGAGGGUGGUCUCUUCAAGUGUUUCCAGGCUUUGAGGUUCUACACUAUGGUGAUGAUCCUCGGUCUUCAUUCGAUGAUAUUCAUCGGAUACGGAUACACCGCCAAUCCGGAGUUUAUUGAAAAUUCAUACAGCGACUUCUUCAAGUCACUUCUCUUCAAUGCUCGUGUGAUCGUCCAGAUAUUCUUCGUGAUGGGAGGGUUCCUCAUGGCUUAUAAAAUGCUGGUCUACGCUGAAACACAUCCCUUUACAUUGAAGACUGUGCCUAUGGCUCUUGUCAAUAGAUGGUUUCGAUUAAUGCCAGCAGUUUUAGUCGUGAUGGGUCUGGCGAUGACCUGGGUGCCCCAUUUGGGUUCCGGACCGAUGUGGGACGCGGUGGUCAAGCGUGAGCGUGACCUGUGUCGCAGCAACUGGUGGCAACUGGUUAUUCUGAUGCCCAACCUGUUUCCUUUCGAGCAUCUCUGUUUACCUCAAGCUUGGUACCUUGGCACAGACACGCAACUAUUCCUCAUAACCCUCGUCUUACUGCUUAUCAUCUGGCGAUGGCCCAGGAGCGGGGUUCCAGUAUUGUCCAUCGUGAUGGUUGUCAGUCUGCUCAUCCCAUUCUUGCAGAGCUACUUCAUGGAUCUCUUGCCAAUUCGCGUUAGCAUAUUCCCCGAAUCAAUCCGAGACAUAUUUGGCUACAACGACACUUUCUACCACGCCUACGUGUCAGCUCAAGGCAACUGGGCGGGCUACCAUCUUGGGGUGCUCACAGCAUAUUUUUACCAUAAAGCGCAGACUAAGAAGUGGAACUUGGGUGAAUCUAUGCUUAUGAAGCUCCUCUUCAUCACGUCAGUUCCGGUGGCCAUGGGCACUGUCCUGAUGGGUUGGGACCUCCACCACAGAGAAGCAUCAGCCUUCGAGUCUGCUGUUUUCAACGCCCUCAACCAGAACUUCUUCGCUCUGGCCAUCUGUGUCUUCAUCAUCGGGUAUUUCUACAGAGCCAAUAAAAUCUACGUUGGUUCCGUGGAAUGGGGUCCCCUCCAGCCGCUAGGAAGGAUGUCGUAUUGCGCCAUGCUGCUUCACGCCACCAUUCUCAGGACAUAUGGUGGACAGAUGAGAAGAUCUUUCUAUGCCACGGAUUACACGGCUAUAAUGCUGUACGCUGGUAUAGUUACGACGACGUAUCUCUUCUCUCUGCCUCUCUACUUGUUUGUGGAAGCACCUUCUUGCCAGUUGCAGAAACUCCUCCUCGGACCCAAGAGGAGGAAGAAGGAGGAACAUGAUGCUAAUGCUAACCAGGUGAAACCUGGCAUAUCUACCGUGUCAGUAUCAACGGUGUCUACUCAUAUAUAAGUUUAUUCGCUUAUUAUUAUUGAUGUGAAAAGUAAUGAAGUAAAAAGUACUCUAUUAGACUUCAUUGAAAUAGGUACUGAUUUUAUGCUCCUCGUCAUAAUUUCUUCUUGAUACUAGUCUUUUUCUGUGAAACUUACUCUUAUAAGCUAAACAUUGAUAGAGCGUUUUGUAAGAUGAGCGCCAUCUAUUAACGUAGAGUUGAAACCUAUAAAAAUGUUACAAUAUUAAAGCGCGUUUUAAAAGAUGAGUAGCGCCAUCUAUUGGUUUACUGUUGGAACUAUUAAGUGAAUGUCCUUACAACUUAUGCAACCAAUCUUUGGCAGUGAAACUAUUUGACGUAAAUAACGUAUGAUAUAAUUCGAUAGCUUUACGGUGCGGCAAAACAACCCUGAGAAACCUGCAGAUACUCAUGAAGAUAUACGAAGCAGUUUGUGAAGUCCAUCUUGGAGUAUGAUUCGCCCAUCGACGAUAUAAACUCCUAUUAACAGA